UACUCACACUGGUUAGUUUUCUGUUUUCUCACCAGGUAUGCUGCCAGUUUUCGAGUUUGUUUGUUGUUGCGCCGUUCGAUGAUAGUGUUUUUUGGUGAAGAAAUUUUAUCCGCUAAAUAUUUUCACUUUUCUGACUGAAAUCGUAGCCUCCAGUGAAAACAUUUCAAAAUUAGUGCAGUGUAGAGUGUGUGCAUCAAGAAAAUGGUAAUUUUGUUCGCAACAGAGUGACAGUUUGAGCAGUUUUUGACCUGAGCUCCUGUGCAACCAUGCGCCUCUGAAACAACACAAUCAUGUCCUCCAAACUACCGAUCCGCAAAAAUGUUGAACCCCUUUUCCGAAUCGUGUCCGACCUAGACAAACCGUCGAUAGUUUCCUCUCCACCAAUCGCAACUGGCGGAGUAUCUGAGGACCUUGCCGAAAGCCACACCCGCUUCCGACGGAAAGCUCACCGAUCUCGAAUUCCCGGCCCGGCUCGGACCUUCGUCGGAACGAUUGUGAGCCGUUCGAAAAGUGUCGACGAUUUGGAGGCCGGGAACGAUCGGAAAUCCAAGGAUCAAAAAGACUCCGUUGGUCACUUGGAAAAAGUUGUAAAGUCGAAAGAUCACCAGAUUGCCAAGCUGGUGGAGAAAAUCACCACGCUGUUCGAAUGUAACAGCCAGUUUGCGGUGGAGCAUGAGAAGCUCCAGAAGGAGUACCAGCAGCUUCAGCAAAACUUGAAGGCGUUGGAAUCGGUACAACCGAAGAGCUGCGAGUCGUGCGGACUGUUUGACAAUGAGCGCGAAGUGCUGGCGAAGGAAAAUGGGGACUUGCGGAACGACAUCAAGAUGAUGAAGAUCUUGGUGUAUCGGUUGAACGUGCAGGUCGAGCGGUAUCAGGAUGUGAUUCGGGGAGAGGGCAAGGCUUCCGGAACAGGAACUGUUCCGAAGAUUGAUUUCGUUGAUAGUUCGUACGGGGGCGCGAAGGACAAUCUUAACUGGGGUCCGGUGAAUUCGCACACUUUGGGACCACUGUUGAACGCUUAUGAGGAAACCAUUGCGGAGAAAAACGAUUUGGUUCAACAGUAUGAGCGAGAGUUCAUCAAUUUCACCGGAAAGCUGAAGCAAGUGUUGGAAGAGAACGAGAAACUGCACAAAGAUGCCGAGGAGAUACGGAGCACCCAGAGUAAUUGGCUGUCGGAGCGAGCUCGGCUUCAGGCACAAAUUGAUGUGUUCAAAAGCAAGGCUGAAAUUCAAGGAAAGCGGGCAGACUUGGCCAAGGAGAAGCUGGUGGAAGUUUUGAAGUGUUAUGAGCAGAAGAUUCAAGCGCAGUGUUUGGAUAUCGAACGCCUGCAGGAAGCUUAUUCACGCUCCAAAGGAGAGCUGACAUCCCUGAGGAACCUAAAUCAGAAACCGGAAGUCGUUGUAGAAGGCUUGAAGGAGUGUCAAAAGUUAUUUGAAGAGAUGAAACUGCAGCAUGACUCCGAAAAGACUCGAUUUAGCAAUGAAAUGGAUUCGCUGAAAGCAGCACUGAAUACCAAGAACGAUGAAUUAUCUAAACUCCUAGCUCAAACUGCCGAACAGGAGAAGGUGUUCGAACGUCAAAAGGAAAUCAACGAUGUCCUCAUGGAGAAGAACGCAGCGUUGAAGCGCUCGCUGCACCACUGUCGACAAUCGAAGGAAGCCCUCAAGGCGCGGCUGAAAAAUGUGGUCACUUGGGGUAAGGGCGUGGAACAGAGGCGUGACCAGUUGAGCGAUGCGUGGCGCAACGUGAAAGCACUGCAGGACAAGAUCCACCAGAGGGACGAACAGUUGCAUGCCCUGCAGGUGCGAUACAGUGCCGAAGUGGAGCAGCUGCAGCGACGGUUGAAACAGCGUGAAGACAGCCUGCGAAGAAUACUGGAGGAGAAGGCGCAGCUGCGGCAGGUUUAGCGUCCGAGAGCGGUUCGGAAGUCAACGCUUAGUGAACCGGUGUAAGUAUGGUUGAAAAGUACAAAUCAAGAAACGUCCAUAGCAGAUGAUAAGAUUUAAAUUAUUUAUAUGAAAUGAGCAUCGAAUGCACCGAAACGUUAGAAGAAUCACGCGAAACUAGUCCAAUUUGUACGCUUCAAUGAAUUAAUGUAACGCGAAGUACUCGAAUGCAAACAAGUAUUUUUUUUAGGAUUUGGUAUUGAUGACACCCGUUUUUAUGUGGCAGACGUUUGAGCGGUGCCGUGUUAUCUAGGUUGCUAUACAACCGAUGCAAAUGAUCUCUAGUUAGAAAUUUUCUCAUUAGAUGGCUCUGUUCAAUCAAUUAUACUGAUUUGAUAAAAUCGCAGUCCAACAAAUAGUUACAAUGUUGGUGUUUUCUGCAAACACUGUCUCCAAUAUCUCGACGACAAUAAAAAAUUACCGCACUAGAUGGUACUGAUGUAAUUUAGGGUGACUUAGGGUAUUAUCGGCAGGUUUGUUCUCUUCGUCAUGGGGGGUG